AUGCGCAUCCCAGUCGAAACAUGCCUCCUCGCCCUCUGCCUUGCAGACACCUCUCUCGCCUCCCCAGCAUCUAAUCAACGAGGACAAGCAUCUUCAAACACCACCUCCCUCAGUACCCCCACUGCUGCCAAUCAUCCACGUGGGAGGAGUCCCUCGCCCCAUCCCUACGCCUCCAAUCCCAGGACAGCCUUCGAAGAAACCUCCGUCGCCGACGCAUUGAACGACACCGCCACAGAAGCCAAAGGGAGUUGGAAGCACAAAAAGCAGAAAAAGCACGGCAACGACACAAGCGAAGCUGUUGAUAAAGCGACCUCGGGAUCACAGCGGACGAUUAAUCCCAAACUUGCUGCUGCGCUGGGAAUCGCUGGGGGAGCGGCAGGGGCGGCCGCCUUGCUGUGA